AUGGCAUCUGCCUUCAAGAUCCCAAACCUGGUCGUUAAGACGAAAACCACCGCCAUUUUACCAACGUUUGACUGGAAUUUGUUUCGAAAGGAAAGGAAGCUUGGUAGUGGCAGUUUUGGGUCCGUUUACUUAGGUGAAUAUAAUGAGAAAGAGGAAAAGGUUGUGACGAAAAAAGUCAAGGUACAAUCGAUCGAUUCGAAAUCGCGUUGUAAGAAAGAAGCUGCACUGCUUAAUUCUAUCAAGGGGCACAAAAACAUCGUACAAUUUCUGGGAUUUUGCGAAGAGCCAUGUAGCAUUAUGCUGGAAUACAUAUCCUUUAGUUUUAGCCCAUUGGGGGCUGAAAAAUGUGUCAGUACAUUGGCAGAUUUCCUUCGAUUACUGGAUGAAGAUUAUGAUUUUGAAUCUUUUUCGCACUUGCUGCCAGUCUGUGCCCAAGAUAUUGUUGCUGGUUUAGAAUACCUUCACGGCAAAAACAUCGCUCACAGGGAUCUUAAACUCGGGAAUAUUUUAGUAAGCAACCAACACUAUGUUGAGAAGUUUACAAAUGAAUUAGAUUUGUCAAAGGCCUAUGUUGAAUGUCUGAGCAGAUCUCACAACAUGCAAACCAAAACAGUUCUUCAAUCUAAAACAGAUUCAAUCAAUCGUGGGACGCCCUCUUACAUGGCUCCUGAAAUUCACCUGAACAAAAUCUUUCAAGCAAGUCAAGAAGAUUUAAAGAAAACUGAUAUAUGGUCCCUGGGAAUGGUCAUGUACACCUUGGUGAACCCAAAUGUCCCUGGACCAUACUUUGUUGAGUUUGGGGAGUCAGGUAUUGUAACGGAUGCUGCGCUACAAGACCUAUUAAAACGCGAAGUAUUGCCGAAACACGAUUUGAAAUACGAAACGGUUCGAAGCACCCAAUGGAAAAAUAUGGAAGAAAUGUUUGAACAGUGCUGCAAAUUUAAUCCUACUGACAGACCAUCUGCUACGCAACUAUUGCGAUCAUUUAAAGAAGAAUCAAAAUCGCAAAAGGACCAAAAUUAUGCCGAAGGACCGUCGAUGACCACCCCAGUGGAGAAAGCAAAAUCAACGAAGGGUCAUAAAUAUGCCGAAGGAAUAUUGAUGACCGCCCCAGUGGAUGAAGCAAAUCAGAAAAAGAAUCGUCAAAAUGCCAAAGGCCUGCUCAUGACCAUCCCAGGCCCUUUGGAUGAAGCACAAUCGAAAAAAAGCGGAAAAUAUGAAGGACUGCUGAUGAUUACUUCAGGCCCAGUGGAUAAAGUUAAAGCGAAGGAAAAUAUAAAAGAAGAAGAAGAUCUCUCUACUUCAUCGGAUGAGGAAAAAGAUUCAAAAGAAAAUAGUAAAAACACGCAGGAAGCACAGGGACGUUCCGUGUUCGAAGAUCUCAAUGAAGGAGACAAAACGAAUGGAGAUGGCAACAACGAAUGUAUAAAAGAACCAGUUGACAAGAAUAACUCUGAUAAAGAAGAUGACUCACAAAUUGAUGAUAUUGAUGAUGAAUCUUCAAGUGAUAAAGGAUUACGAAUUGAUGGUGUAGAGCCUUCGACCCAGCCAUACAAGGAAGAUGUUAUGACCCCGAUUUUCUCGUGGGAAAAAGCAGCAUAUACAAAAGCAGAAAUUGUAUCUAUCCUUUUGGGUUCAUACAAACAAGAACAAUUGUGUCUAUCACCACCAAUAAACGUUUCCCAUAACGUUUCCUUCUUAAUGGAUAUGAAAUCCUUCCCACAUGCGGAUGAUAUAAAAUGUGACGACAUGGGUGUCUGGGAACAUAAAGGAUCUCCGAAAGAUUAUUUUCGUGUUCAGAAUAACUCGAGUGGUACAAGAAAAAUCGUUCCAGUUGAUAAGAAAAGUGUAACACAAGCAACACCAGAAGGUAUAUACACAUUCAGACGAACAUACUACAAGAAUGCUUCUGAUGACACUAUCCGCAAAACCAUAUCCAAAUUAUAUGAUUGUUGUGAUAAUCAAGUUCCGCUGACGUUUGUUCAGUAUCUGUUCUCUGGCUUGGAACAUAAAGUGAAAAAUCUAAAGCCUCACGGAAAUGCCAAAUUCAAAUCGCCAUACACGCGACUUCUACCAAGCACAAGAGAAAAAAUGAAAAAUUCCGUUUUCAAAAAGGAAAGAUGGCGAAGGAAGCUCUAG